AUGACUGAAUCUUCAAAUGCGAGCCAGGGGGAAUUCCCCAUCCCCAUAACCGUUGAGUUUACUGGCGGGUUAGAAUUGCUAUUCGGGAAUGAGCGCAAACACAAGGUUGUUCUGCCUGCUCGCUUAGAAGAUGGCAACAGACCAAACAUCUCAUACCUGCUCAAAUACCUUGUUGAGAACCUCAUGAAGGAUCAGAGGAAGGACAUGUUCAUCAUGGAGGAUAAUGUACGACCAGGCAUUCUUGUCCUCAUCAAUGAUGCCGAUUGGGAACUCGAAGGCGAAGAAACAUAUGAGCUCCAACAGGGAGAUACCAUUGUGUUUGUCUCAACUCUACACGGAGGUUAA